GUGUGCUCCUGUAGUCUGGCUGGUAUCUGGAGUUGCUCUUUGCCGUGGGGCUGAGGCUGAGGCUGGGCCUGGGCCGCUUGCUUCCCUGUGUCAGGAUGGCGUUCACCCUGUACUCGCUGCUGCAGGCCGCUCUGCUCUGCGUCAACGCCGUGGCCGUACUGCACGAGGAGCGGUUCCUCAACAAGAUUGGCUGGGGGACAGACCAGAGCGUUGGUGGUUUUGGAGAAGAGCCGGGGAUUAAAUCGCAGCUCGUAAAUCUAAUCCGAUCCGUACGAAUGGUGAUGAGAUUGCCAUUGAUAGUACUGAACUCCAUAACAAUUGUACUCUUAUUACUGUUUGGAUGAAGAAUUGGAAGAGAGCAUCAACACUCUCUAUGCUGAUGAGAGAAUGCAGGAUUUUCUACAUAAGUGGAGAUUUGCAACAUAUUUUGCUGUUUAGAGGAGAUUUGCAAAAUAUUUUGCUGUUUAACUCCACAAUCUUCCUCAAAGUUCCUCUGAACUGUAGUAAAAGCAAACCCAUGGCAUUACAUAUUUCAGUGUUUUGUAGACAUAAAAAUUAAAAGAAAAUGGGAUCAAUGCAAAAAAUGAUUUGAACUUUUCAGUGUCCUGUUCCAAUUAAACUAUGAAAAUUUGCAGUUA